AUGAAUAUUUUUGAUGGGGCACGUUGGCUCGGCUUUGACGUGUUGUCAAAGAUUGUGCAAACUGAUUUUGUGUCUGUCUCUGUGCCCGACUGUCUCUCUCGUAGCCGCAGAACAGGCCACUACACAGUCCAACAGAACCAGAACGCACAUCAUGGAGACAGAUCUGGAUCCUCCACCACCAUCAGCAGCACGAAAACCUCCAGCACUGACCCACCGCCGCUACUCAACCCAAGUGUUGGCGUGUGCCCUAAACCUCAGCCCCCCUCCAGCCCGAAGUCCGGCUCCAGCCCCAAACACAGUCCCAACUCCAGGUCCAGAGCGCGGCCACCGUGUCAGCGCUGCAACUCACAGGACUCUCUGGACGAGCUGGAGAUGGACGACUAUUGGAAGGAGGUGGAGAAUAUCACUCGCUCUGGAGGAGGAGCAGGGAGGGGAGAAGGUGGUGGAGAAGGGGAAGCGCAGGAGGAGGAGCAGCAGAAAAUUCCUGAGGAGGGCGAGCAGGAGGAGGCGUGGCUCACAGAGGCGGGGCUUGCACGGCUGUUUGAUGAUUCAAUAGCAGCCGACCAAGAUCAGGAAGAAGACAGCGCGGUGUUUCUGUCCACACUGACCAGAUCUCAGGCGGCAGCGGUAGAACGACGGGUGACAUCGCUACAGCAGACGUUGCUACGACGACGCAACAGGCAGCAUGUUCCCGAUGUUAGGGAUAUAUUCAGACCUCCUGAAAAGGAUGAGGAGCCGAGUAAACUCAAAGGGGGAAGUGAGAAUGGACAAAAAGAUGUCACUUCAGUUG